AUCCAUUAUCAUGGUUUUGGUUCUUGAUCCUUCUUCCUUGUCUCUCGCCCUCUCUCUCUCUCCAAAUUCAUCAAAAUUCCUCAAAUCUCUAUCGGAGGAGACGGAUGGGUUCGGCCAGCAGCCGUCCGGCCUCCCGCCGACGUCGUCUUCCCCGGCCAAAUGCAUCCAAAUGGACCAUCGCUUCUCUUCUCGUUUGCGGCGGUGGUUCUCCCUCAACCGCCGCCCAUACCGAGAUGGAAGAUGAUUCAUCGAAUUUGUUGGUGAAUUCGUCUAUACAAGGGGGAGAAUCAACCGUUGUAAGUGGUUUGAGAACAACCCCUGUAUAUGAAUCUGACCUAAUUUCUGGGACCAGAGUUGAAACCGAAGCUUCCAAUUCAAACACUUGCGGUGAUAUAUGGUCAGGUUUUAUGCAUCAUGAGGAGGAGCUUGAAGAAUCGUGUUCAGAUCAUAUCUCUGUGGAAAAUCAUGCCAGCGAUGUUUCGACAAGUUAUAACCAUGUUCCUAUUCGUUUGCCUAGCCAUGAACAUAUCAAUGUUAAUGUUUCGGAUACAGAAGAGGAUGAAGAGGAAGACGAACAAGACAUUGAUGAUGAAGGACAGACGGGGAGAAUGGUUAGUAUUUUGUCGAGUUCUAGUAGUCCUCCUGAAACUAGUUACAGAUUAACGAGGGAAAACAGUAGAAGGCUUUUCUGGGAUGCUUUUUCUAGACGGAAUUCUAUAAGAAGGCAUAGAGGAGAUUCAAUUGCCGCUGCUGCCGCUGCAGAUGGUUUAGGAUCUCAUGAUAGAUUCCUCUUCGACUUUGAUCUUAGUGCUGAUUCUUCUGAUGAUGAUCAGGGUAAUAGAAUUCACAGCUCUAGCAUUCAACGUCUUCAAUCACAAUCUGAGUUUUGGGAAAGACUAUAUGCCAACCGAAGAAGGCGAAGUAGCAGUCGUCGGACAAGAACGUGUCCUUCAGGGCUUCACGACGAUGGUACUUGCUCGUGUGACUCGACUUCCGGGGGAGAGGAACCCGAUACACGGGCAAGUGUUUCAAGAAUCGUCAUGUUGGCCGAGGCAUUAUUCGAGGUGUUGGAUGAAAUUCAUCGACAACCCGUGUCGCUUUCUUUAUCGGUUGUCUCGCUUCCAGCUCCCGGGUCUGUUGUCGAUUCUUUCCCAACUAAGAAUCACAGGAAACUUAACAACGCCCAAGAUGGUGAUGACAUUCCACAGUGUUACAUUUGUCUGGACGAAUACGAAGAUGGAGAUGAAAUUCGGGUCCUUCCAUGUCGCCACGAGUAUCAUAUGGGGUGCAUUGAUAAGUGGCUAAAGGAGAUACAUGGUGUUUGCCCGCUUUGCCGAGGAGAUGUUUGCCAAGGUUUGUCGGAUAGGCCGAUCACCUCCUCCCUAUGAGACAAAAAAAAAAUGAAGAGGAGAAAACUUCUUGUAAAGAAAUGUACAGAGCAUUCUCAAUGUAUGGCCAACUAAAGCAAAUAUUUUAGAUGCCUGCAAUUAUUUAUCAAUUUUAAAUUUAUACAUUAAUAAUAAUAUAUUCAAAAUUUUUA